AUGGUUCAGCUGCCCAAGCCCUGCGCCCUGGCUCUCUAUGCGCGGCGCGGUCUCGGCCCAGGAUCAAGCUUCCGGCUCGCAAGGAAGUUCCGGGUGGUUCCUGCAGCUGUGUACCUGGAGCAUUUUGGCUCGGAUCGCAGCCACAUGUGGAACCAGGACGGCGUGCCAGGCUGGUCCAAGCCCGUGCCUCCCUACCCCACCAUCGUCGCAAGAGGCAAGGCACCCUUUCCCAACAAUGGGCAGGUGAACUCGCUGCCGCGCUACUGGGACAUGGAAGCAUUCACAGACGACGCGCGCUACGGCCGAGUCUACUCCGAGGAGGACUUCCUCGCGCUCUUCGGCGGCGUCAUCGGCAACGGCGCCGUCGGCCCCGCCGACGCCUGA